AGGCGACGACGUCAACGUCAAAAUGGACAGCGGGGCCUACGGGGCGGCCAAGGCCGGCGGCAGCUUCGACCUGUGGCGAUUCCUGCAGCAGCCGCAGGUCAUCGUUCGGGCUGUGUGCACGAUCUUAAAGCUCUGCAACUGCAGGCUUCCAGCCUGACGGUCAGCCAAACCAUGGCAGUUCUGCAGCUGAGCCCCCGAGAAUCGCCCUGGAAGGCGUUGUCCAAGGAGGACCUGGAGAAGCAAUAUUCCCCCAGCAGAUGGUCCCACCGAUUGAAUGCUGAGGAGGUGAUAAAAGCUCAUGUUCAAGUGGGAACAGAAGCUACCCAAAAAGCCCGGGAAGACAAAGAGAGCGUACUUGAUAUCAAAUAUGGAAAAGAGGAUGGUGAGAAACUGGACAUUUAUUUCCCUGACAAGACCUCUGAAGACUUACCUUUUUUCCUGUUUAUUCACGGAGGAUAUUGGCAAGAAGGAAGUAAGGAUUAUUCAGCCUUUAUGGUGGCCCCGUUGAGAGCAGCAGGAGUAGCAGUGGUUGUCUUGGCUUAUGACCUUGCUCCAAAAGGGAAUAUUGAUCUGAUGCUGAGCCAGGUGAGGCGCGGUGUCCUCUUCAUACAGAAGUGGUACUCCUCCAACAGGGGAAUUUACCUAUGUGGUCAUUCAGCUGGAGCUCAUUUGGCUUCCAUGGUGCUCCUCACAGACUGGGCUGAAUAUAAAGUCACUCCCAACAUUAAAGGUUAUUUCUUGGUGAGUGGGAUCUACGACCUGGAGCCCAUCUUGCAUACUUAUGUCAAUGAUGCACUCCAAAUGACCUUGGAAGAUGCCCAGAGGAAUAGUCCCAUGUUUUGCCAGAAGGAAGUCCAGAGUAAAGUGACUUCAACUUGUGAAUUAAUAGUAGCUGUGGGCCAGCAUGAUUCUCCUGAGUUCCUCCAACAGUCCUUGGAUUAUUUUCAGCAGGCUCUGCGUUUACAUGGAUGGAGAGUUUCAUUUCUAGAAAUCUCCAAUGUGGAUCACUUUGACAUCAUUGAGAAACUGAUUCAGAAUGACUAUAUACUGACUCAGGUUAUUUUGAAGACAAUUUUCCAAUAAUGAGAGAGCUCAGAGCUUCACUGUGUCCACCAUACCUUGGAGAAGAGCAAAGAGCCCUUCUCCAAAGCUCCUGUGAGAAACCAGAAAGCUGUUUACUUCCUUUUUCCAUUGUGGGAAGGUUAGGGUCUUAAACCAUUCACAAAAGCUGGACAAAGAUCUUAAGGUUGUUUGGUGUUUUUUUUUUUUACCUUCCCUUAUGGAGAGAAUAUUUCUAUGUGCUUGCUGCCAUGACCACUGAUAAAAUCUCUUAACUUGAUAUCAUGUAUUCAUUCAUUUAACAAAUAAUUACCAAGUCUGUGCUAAGGUAGAGCCCUAAAUUAGGUGCUGGGAGAGAUAUAAGGCUCACCAGGGUUUUAUACCCUCACAGGACUUACAAAUUCUAGACAGACUUCUCAAAUUUUCAAUCAUUGGUUGAUCAGCCAAAAUUUGCUUUCUAGCUACUAGCUUUGCCAGUAAUGGGGAAUACCAUGAUCUGUAAACUGUGAUGUAAUAUAUGUGAGCUAAAAGCUACUUAGGAUUGCUAAUCAGAAUAGGAUGGCUAAUGAGAAUCAUGAUCCACCAACUCGAAUUAUUAGACACCAAAUGCUGAGGUGGAGAGAAUGAUGUAUAGAAGCAACAGAUGAUGGCUAGGGAUAAUUUCUAGCAAGACUUGAUGAUCAUAUAGCCUUGCUAAUCAUCCAGCAUUGAGAUUAGCUCUAUUAUUCACUUAAUCUACAAAUAAAAUAGAAUAAAAUAUCUAGAUAUAGUAAAUCACAAUUUUCAGUUGAUAUACUGAUUAUUAUCAUAAUUAAAUCUCUUACAACGAAGGGGUGGGGAAAACCUAACAAGGAUGACGCCAGGUUAUGGAUGGCCUUGAAUUUCAGGCAAAGAAAUCUGAACUUUAUUUUGUAGGCCAUUGGGAACCACUGGAGAUUUUGGUAAAAAUGAGUGGCAUCACUAGAUCUAUGAAUAUGGAAAGUUAUUCUAAAAGCUGUAUAAAAGAUAAAUUGGAGGGAUAAGAGAGAGGAGUUGGAAAGACAGUAUUAGAGGGCUGAAGAAAUACACCAUGUAAUAGUUUGUUGUCGUUCAGUCAUUUUUCACUUGUGUCCAACUCUUCAUGGCCCCGUUUGGGGUUUUCUUGGCUAAGAUACUGGAGUAGUUUUCCAUUUCCUUCUCUAGUUCAUUUGACAGAUGAGGAAACU